AUGAUAAAAGUUCGCCAAAAACGCGAAGAAGUAACGACACGAUCGCAAGGAGUUAACAGUAUGGAAAUACCAUCGAAAUUACUAAGACUAUCAAAGACACAUCAACUGAAACAAGUGACAGAACAGCACUGCGAAACAAAUAAUAACGAUAAAUUGGCUAAAUCGGUAUUGGAACAUCUGAUGCUUUCGUAUGAUCGUAAAACGGUACCAAUGGCGGAUGGUGUUAAUGUGAAGGUUGAUCUAAUGGUUCAGGCUAUUUCUAGUAUAUCCGAAAUGACUGCUAGUUUUACUGCAGAUGUGUUUUUUAGCCAAAUUUGGCUUGAUCCUGGACUGGCAUUCGAAAAUAUCACCAGAUAUUGUAGAUGCUUGGCUAAUUUAACGCUCAGCUACCGUACCAUUGAUGAUAUUUGGUUGCCAAACGUAUGUUUUCAGAAUAGUAAAUCUACCUCAAUACAUAGUAGUCCAACCCCAAAUAUAUUUCUUAUGAUUUAUCCUAAUGGCACAAUUUGGGCCAAUUAUCGGGUGAAGGUGGAAGCACCAUGUGAGUUGGAUAUGUCAUCAUUCCCGAUGGAUGUACAGCGAUGUACUAUGACCUUCGAAUCUUAUUCCUUUAAUGUUGAUCGUGUACGACUGGACUGGUUCGAAACAGCUGUUAUUCUAGAUUUGCAGGGGAAAUUACCAGAUUUUGAACUAAAACGCUAUACAUGGAAGAAACAACAAUUUUAUUAUCCUGCGGGACAGUGGGAUCAACUGAAAGCAACUUUUUACUUUCGUAGAACUUACGGUUACUACAUUUUGCAGCUAUACAUGCCUACGUAUGCAUCUGUUUUCAUUAGCUGGAUAGCAUUCUGGCUGGAUCCAAAGUGUUUGCCAGGUCGAAUAACCCUCGGUGUAUCUUCACUGAUGGCGCUUACAUUUCAGUAUGGCAAUGUGGCUCGAAGUUUACCUAAGGUUUCCUAUGUGAAGGCAGUGGAUGUUUGGAUAUUUGCAUCCAUGGGCUUUAUAUUUUUUUCACUGGUUGAAUUAGCCAUUGCUGGACAUGUAGAUAAAAUGGCGAACGAUGGCAAAGACGAAACAUUUGACAAGGUCGAGAAAAGGAAAAGCUGUAUCAAAUGCAACUGUCAAACAAAAGCCCGAAAAAGGCAAGUUAGGAAUUUAAAUAAUAUUUACCUUUCGACCAUGACAUACCACAUCGCUGCAAGAUCGGAAUGGAUGCCUUCCAAACAAUAA